CCCACAUAAGGCGGGGUCAUCGCCGGCCGCUGGUCGCGGCGGUGGAGGCGGCAGCGGCGGUCGCUGGGCCGGGGAGCGCGGCCGGGGCCGGCGGCAUGGAGCUGGGGUGGCUGCUGUGGGGCGCGGCGGUGCUGCUGCUGCUCCAUUUCCUGACGGAGCUCAGCCCCGCCGUCAACUUCGCGCUGCGCUUGGGCUGGUACUGCGUGCUGUGUGUCAUGGGCUCGCUGCUGGCCGCGCCCGCCUGCCUGCUGCUCAACGGCGGCCGCACCGUCCGGAACAUGAGAAUCAUCAAAAAUGUGGUCAAGACCUUCAAGUAUUUCUUUGGCCUGAGGUUCGAGGUGAAGCGGCUGGAGAACUUCGAGGUAGAGGGCCCUGCUAUCAUUGUCUCCAACCACCAGAGCAUCCUCGACAUGAUGGGGCUGAUGGAGGUGCUGCCCGACAACUGUGUCCAGGUGGCCAAGAGGGAGCUGAUGUACACGGGCUGCGUGGGGCUCAUCAUGUACCUCGGCGGCGUCAUCUUCAUCAACAGGAAGAGCACCACCAGUGCCAAGAUGGUGAUGACAGAGGUGGCCAAGACUAUGGUGGCUGAAAAUGUGAAGGUGUGGGUGUACCCAGAGGGCACGAGGAACUGCACCGGGGACUUCCUGCCCUUCAAGAAAGGAGCAUUUCACCUCGCUAUCCAGGCACAGGUCCCAGUGAUCCCCGUGGUGUAUUCCUCCUUCACCACCUUCUAUAACCCAAAGACGAAACUAUUUACAUCAGGCAAAAUCAAGGUUGAGGUUCUGCCUCCAAUAGAGACCAAAGGCCUGACAUCAGAUGAUGUCUCUGACCUCGCUGACAGAUGUUUCCACACCAUGAGGGAGACCUUCUUCAUGCUGUCGGGCCGUCCAAGUCCAAGUGAGGCGAAGGACUCCUCCUAGAUGCUUCUCCAGUGGCAUCACCGUGUGGUGGUGGCUGAAGGGACCUGUCUGUUGCCAAAUCCUGAAGGAACUUCUCUUCCUCUGCAGUGACUUGUCACUCUGGGGACACCAUGGACCAGCACACACGGGUGUCCAGCCAGCGCUGAGCUCCCCGUUGAGUGGAUUUUUCUUAUGGGUUCAUUAUCUCGCAAUGAAACGUCUCCUUUCUCUGAAUUUCUCAGGCAUCAAACUUGUGCUACCAAAGGGCUCAAUGACCAGAGAGGUGAGUUCCCCAGCUUGUGGGGGGUGACAAGAAGAGCCUGGCUGGAGGCUGGGCUCUGCCUCCCGUGUUCCUGCAGGCUCAGCUGGUGCUGGCCUGGCUGUCCCACAGGGAAGCCACCAGGCAGCAGUUUGUAUCUGCACGACCUUGAUGCUGCUCAACCAAGGCUGAGAAUUGGGUGAAAAUGCAGACUUUGGCUCUCCAGCAGCACUGGGAGCGGGUGGCCCCCCGGGCAUCCAGCAUGGUGGAGGGCAGGGGGUGUCCCUGGGACAGGGCCUGUCUCCCUGAGGAUUGUCCUUGUGUCACAGCAGCGGUUUGUGCUGGGGCUCUGCAUUACUCCUGAGCCGAGUCCUUCACUUCUGAAGGAAGCACCAGGGCUGGUAACCUCACUGGGGCUGCAGAGGGGAACGUGUGGGGCUGCUCAGCCUCACAGCGUGUCUUCAGGCUUGAUUGCCUUGUCUGAACAAGUGCCCUUGCUCACGGAGGGGUGCAGCAGUGGGGACCUGACCAAGCCAGAGGUGUGGUGUGGUGCAGCCUUGCUGGUUUAGGCCUCUUCUGAACAAAGCCCCACGCUUGUUUCUGCCAUUCAGAGCCACCAGCUUGAUUUUAAAAACUACGGAUGUGUUACCCCUGGGCAAAGCUGUGCUCACGGUGACUUGUUUGUGGCACCCCUCUGGGUACCCUGUGUGACAUGCGGGUGCCUCAGAGCUUCCUUGGGGUGGGGAAAGUGCUGCUGCCAACUCCCUGCGGUGGUGGUGGCUCCGCCUGGUCGCAGCGGGGUCCUGGUGCCUAUGGUACCUGCUGCACAUGCAGAGGGCUCUAUCCUGCUCCUUUUGCCACUUGUCAUGGUCAGCAGUGGCCGAAAGAUGGUGCCUGUCCCAUGUCUUUGCUGAUCUCGGUGGAGCUGCAGCUCUGGGAGGCUUGUAAAGCUCCUGCAGAGCCGUGGGGUGGGUGAGCUGGAGCUGUGACCCGGCUUGGAGGCUUCAGCUCCCCCUCUGAGGGAAAUGAAUCCUUUCCCGUCCACAUAAAGGGGUUUUCCCUGUGCUUUGGGGUGAUGAAGGGCUUCUGCAUCCCUCAAUGGGAGCUGCACAAGUGGUGACGCCCUCUGCAAAGAGCAAGGCUGGGUCAGGUCCAUGGUUCUGGGGAAACCUUCACCUCUAGCUUGGUUCAGGGAGGCUUUUGCUCUCCUGUUCGUGGUGCAGGGGGUAGAACCUUGAGAUGAGCCGCCUGGGGCUACUCAGGUAACCAAUGCAAAUGGCUUUUGCAGCCUGCAUUGGUGGAAUUGCAGGUAUUUGGGGGUUAAAGCCUCCACUGGGAAAGGCAGGGAAUUCCCGUAACAGGGAGCUGGGGCUGGGGGGGCUUGAUCAGAGGGGCCUUAACAAGUACAGACUCAGGGGUCAGACCCACUGCAGGCUGGGUCGGGGCGGGAGGAUGGGAACUGAACCAGCACUUUGUAAGUGGCAGAUAUGGGGCUGUCACGGAGGGUCCUGGGGGGGAACAGUGUCCACUGAGGGACCCGCAGCAUCCUCCCCGGGAGGAGGGAGCAGUGCCUCUGUGUGCAGUUUCUGCUGUUCACUUUUAAUUGGGGUGACAAUGAUGUUAAUGUGCUUUAAAGAGAAAAAAAAACAACAACAAAGUACACCUUUGGUUAUUUAAAUAAA